CGAGUAGUUGGCACAGCUUGACUGAAUGCAACUGUCAAAUCCAUUCAAUAAAUAAGUGCAUGUAUGUCAUCGAACAGUAUCUUCUCAAACAGUACCAUUUCACUAUCGUCGUGAGUCUAUCGUGUAAGCAACAAAAACAUGAACACUGCAGCGAAAAUACCUCCGAUCACCAUGAGCAAGCUCUACGUGGGCAACUUGCCCAGCGAAACCUGCGAAAAAUCCCUGAGGCAGCUCUUCUUGGAGCAGAAUCUUAGCUGCACCAACAUCCUAAUCAAACGCGGUGGAUACGCUUUCGUGGAUUGCCCUGACCAGUCUUCGGCGGACAGAGCCAUCGAUAAGCUGAACGGCUUCAACUUCAACGGGUCUCCCUUGGUGGUGGAGCCGUCUGUGGCAUCCGGGAAGAAGAAAGUGCAUCCAGGUUUUCCAGAUCCCACGCCGAUCCACGUCGGUGGUAAUUGGAUGCGAGCCAGCGCGUCUGGUCGUUGAGAAAAUGUCGGUGUACUGCGAGAUUUGUAGU